AGACUCAUAAACAGAUUUUAGCUCUAUUUAAACCCUCAAACAACUCCACAAACAUAACCACAAAACAAAAGAGUUUCAGCCUUGCUACAGCAGCUAGUGGUGGUAUUGAUGGUGUGGAAAUUCAUCCAAGAUGAUGAGCAAUAGGAACUGCAACAAUAUUGAUAGAGUAGUAGUGAUGGAGAGUGGACAGGCUACAGCUCCAAAAGGGUUCAAUCAAGGCUUGAAAAAGGGGCCAUGGACGGUAGCGGAAGAUGCCAUCUUGAUAGAGUACGUGAAGAAACAUGGAGAAGGAAAUUGGAAUUCUGUGCAAAAGAAUUUCAGAUUGAUGAGGUGCGGCAAGAGUUGCAGGCUCAGAUGGGCAAAUCAUUUGAGGCCUAAUCUAAAAAAAGGUUCUUUUACACCCGAUGAAGAGAAAAUCAUCAUCGAACUUCAUGCCAAACAUGGUAAUAAAUGGGCUCGAAUGGCCUCUCAGUUACCCGGUAGAACUGAUAAUGAAAUCAAGAACUAUUGGAAUACCAGAAUGAAAAGACAUCAAAGAGCUGGUCUGCCUAUAUACCCCCAAGAUUUCCAAGCGAAAACAGCUGCGGUUCGCUUUCACCACCAGGAAGGCCGACGAACACAACCCAACUCUACCUCACUCUCCUCAUCUCCUUACAAUCUCUGUUUUCCACCCCUUGAUCCCAUCAAUAGUUUCGCAACUCCCUUGAACCCUUUGCAGAAUCAUCUUAGUCCACUUGCAUUCUACUCCAAUCCGAGCCAUCAGUUAAAACUGUUUGCUAAUACCAACAGUAACGAUGGCUGUUUACCUCUGUCUUUGCCUCCUGUUUCGUCGUAUCAGCAAUCACCUCUUUCUACAAAUCUAUUCAGUCAAAACCCCACUAGGCAAGCAGCCCCGAUAAAUACACCACCAUCAGUACUGUUCUACAAUGAUGCCGAUAUGGAAAGCAAUAUGAGUUUUACUUCACUUAUAAUGGGGGGUCAAGUUCAGCCAAUUGGCUUUAUUCCUUCAGGCCAAACACCACCAGGGCCGACAACUUCUUGGGGUGGUGGUGCUUGUUUCGAGGAGGCAUCCAACAAAAGCAACAACAAUGGCUACAGUAACAGUGAAACUAGCCAACAAGGAAUGGCAGGCAAUAUGAACAAUAGCGGUUUGUUGGAUGCUUUGCUGCAGGAGGCUAAGACUAUAUCUUUCAAAGGGAAAUCAAAUAGUGAUGACUUGCUGCCGGCAUCUAACGAAGGGAAACGUGCGAUGGAUAGUACUGUAAAGGAGGAAGGUGAAAAACUGUGGGAUGAUUUGAGCUCGUCUCAAUCCUCAAAUAUAUGGACAAAACCAAGCGAGGAAGCAGCUGACCAGGAGUUGAAUUCCAUGGAUGAUGACUUCAUCAGCCUGCUUAAUAACUUCCCAUCGUCGGAGCCACUCCCAGAGUGGUAUCGUCAAAGCAGAAAUGAACGCAAUUCCAAUAGAAUGCCAUACAGUGGGCUUAAUAUUGUUGAUGACAACAGAGACCCCGACGUUAAGGAAGAUGCUUCACUCACUCGUGCUUCCAACACAGAAGCAGUUCCAAACCGUGGAAGGGCCCUGGUUUCCUGCCAUUGGAACAACAUGCCUGGCAUCUGUUAAUUACAACUGUUUCUGCACCAAAAAUCGCAUGUUCUUACGAGAAAGAAAGCUUCAAAUAGAGAGCAUUCACGAGGAAAAUGAUAGAUUGAUUUUGUUGGAGCUUUUUAUUGUAGUUAGAGCUUGUCUCUGGGGUACCUUACAAAUCGAUGGAGGCCUAGGUAGGAAGAACAAAAAAGAAUAAAGUACUAUAUAAUUAGGGUUGAUGUGGUCUGCAUAUGGAUCAUGACUAUAUAAGAUGGUUUAUUUUGCGUAUAAUUAGUUAAUUUUUCAUAUAAUUAAAUUAAUUAGCUUCAAUUGGUAAUAUAACCAA